CAUCAGAUUAUACCACCUACCCUGGCACAUUUGCAACAUUCUUGCUAGAUCACCGCAUCACAACCGGACAGAAACCAUGGCUUCCUGGGAUAACCGCGUCAUCACCAAUGAGCAUUUGAUUGGAUAUGUCGAUUCCAGCACUGCGCCGCCCGAUAUCCAGGCGGCCCUCAAAACCCUGCCGUUCGAGAGAAACGUUUUCAAGCUCCUUGCCAAUUCCACCGUCUCAUUCAAGCCAUUCAUGACCCUCCUCACAACUAUGUGGGCUGAGGACCGCAAGAUCCGCUCUACUGAGUGGCAGAUCGCUGUCCUCCGCACCGCCGCGACCCUCGACGCCCCCUACGAGUGGGACGUCAACGAGCCCGUGGCCCGCGUCUUCGGCAUCGCCGACGCGCAGUUCGCCGCCAUCCGCGACACCAAGAAGCCGCUCCCCGCGGACCUGUUCACCCCGCGCCAGAGGCUCGCCGCGUGUGUCAUCGAGGAGCUCAGCGGCAACAACGUCGUCGGCCCGGAGACCAUGAAGGAGGCCAAGGCCCUGUUUGGGGACGAGGAGAUCAUGGAGCUGUUCUUCGUGCACGGCGUCUACGGGUUCCUGGCCAGGAUGAUGAACAGCUGCCGCAUCGACUACGAUGAGGAGAUCCCCGGCCUGCUUGACAUCCUGACGAAAUACAAUGCCAAGGCCAUCGAGAAGGAGAAGCAGCAGCAGCAGGAGGACCAGGUGCAGCAGAAGUAGACAGGGCGUUGAAUGUAGCUAGUACAAAGCCUAUUCCUAUGCAAGGAGAAUGGGUUUUUUAUUCAAGCUCAAAUAGCUCCAAAGUCAAGGACAUGCUUCCCGGCUCCAACCUUUUCCUUCCACUCCCCACUCAAGGCUAAAAUAACCU